AUGCUUGCCGAAGAGAGCGUCCAGCAGGUCAGGAGAGACGUCAAGCCUAUCACCGUACCCAGCACUGUGCCUGGAGGGAUAUACACGGACCUCAGUAUGGCCGGUGUAAUAGGCGAACCGUAUUACGGCGACGGGGAUGUCGAGUACGAAUGGGUUGGCUGGGAGAGCUGGAAAUUCUACAGAAGCUUUGUAGUUCCUAGGUACAUAAGAUAUAGCCGCUAUGUAAAGCUCGUGGCUCACGGCAUCGACACUGCCUGCACGGUGACGUUGAACGGCAUCGACGUACUCAACACGAGCAACAUGUUCGUCCGCUACGAAGUUGAAGUGAUGACCAUGAUUAGGAGAAACAACAGCAUCGUGGUGAGCUGCGAGUCGCCGCUGCGGUACGCCUUGCGCAAGCACGAGUUGCGAGUGAGCAGCAAUACGACCCCCGUGCAACCGCUGUGCCCGCCACCGGAACAGAGGGGCCAGUGCCACAUCAACAUGAUUCGCAAGAUGCCGUGCUCGUUCGGCUGGGACUGGGGUCCGUCAUUCCCCUCCACCGGUAUCUGGAAACCGAUUGAACUAGUGGCCUACAACCAAGCUUUCAUUCGAGACGUUACUGUGACGACGACACCAAAACGAACGAAAUACGAAGCAUAUAGAUGGAACCUGGAAGUCGGCGUGUUCUUCACGAUAUCUCGGCUUGCACCGAAACACGGCACCAUAUCGAUCAGCCUGGGUGCCGCAUCUUUGCUCAGUUCAGUGGUGCACUUUGAGAAUCUGGAAAAUCGCCGGAACUCGCAUGAAGAUUACCGUGGAAAGGUGACGGUGCCUCUCAGCAUCCCAGGCGACAUGGAAAUACAGAGCUGGUGGCCGUCCGGCUACGGGAGUCAGAAGCUGUACCACCUCAACGUAUCCAUGUCUGUCGAUGGCGAAAAGUGUUACAAGGCCAUCAGAUUUGGGUUUCGCACCGUUGAGCUCGUGGAAGAUGUUAUCUCCCAUGGCACUGAAGGUGCGGAGUUCUACUUCAAAAUCAAUGGUGUGCCAAUAUUCGUCAAAGGAAGCAACUGGAUUCCAGCGGACAUCCUUCCAGAGAGGGUUACGGAGGCAUACAUCAGAAACUUGCUGCAGUCCGCCAAGGAUGCCAACAUGAACAUGAUUCGUGUGUGGGGUGGCGGUAUUUACGAGAAAGACUACUUCUACGACCUCGCCGACGAACUUGGAAUUUUGAUCUGGCAAGACCUGAUGUUCUCCGUCAGCCUCUAUCCUGCAGACGAUGACUUUCUUCGCAGUGUUGCCACUGAAGUGAAGCAGCAGCGAGACGGCCAGCCUAUCGUGACGGGCUACAAGCUCGACGGAGAAGACUUCGUGCCUGCACCAGAGGAGGCAACGACUCCGGCUCUACUGCGGACUAUCGCUUCCAAGGCCAACGAAGCACUGGGCGACAUCAUCGCUAAAGAAGGAGAUGAGAGCCUUGCCCUCUGCAUCGGAUUCUUGUGCCUGUCGUACAUCUUCAGGGCGGAGUGGCAAGACUUCCGACAUGCAGCCGACUACUUGUGCUGCGAAGAGUUCCACCGUGUCUACAGGAGUGGAUGCCUUGCCGGUGAGCAGACUGUCGACUCUGUCGAGCUUGGCAGGCAGCGCAGGGAAGUCACUGGGUACAGCAGAUACUUCGGCGCCGGAGUCGACUUUGAACUGCGCUGUGUAGUUGCCAACGGUCACGUCGACGAACUUUGCAGCGGCGGGCGUGCCCACGGCAUGCAGGUGAACGGAGCCGAGCUUGUUCUGCUGGUGCUUCCGCGAGCGGCAAACUUCAGCGAAGUGGCCUUUCUUUUUGCAGAAGUUGCAGGCGGAGCGUCGAGCCGGGCAGUCCGAACGUCGCUGAACACGCCUGUGGAACCGCGACGACUCGUAGAGCUCGUUGGCCGGGUGCACGAAGUGCUCAGUGAAGCGGGCGGCAACAACUUGGUACGAGUGCACUACUACGAAUACUGGGACAAUUCCUGGUCGCCGGCGGGUUAUCCGAUUCCUCGAUUCGUGAGCGAGUACGGUCUCCUUUCUUACCCAUCUCCAGAGACCAUGAAGAAGAUUGCGCCGGAGUCAACGCUGGUAUUCCCUAUGUCGCCAUUCCUCGAAACUAGGCAGCAUCACAGUGAAGGUAAAGUGGAGUUAGUACGAUCGCUGUACGUGUAUUUCGGCAUAGCCGCACCUUACUCUGGUGUCAACGGCACGGAAGAGGGAUACGCCAUGAUGUCGUACUUGAGCCAGGUCGUGCAAGCCGAAGCUGUUCGCACCGGCUGCGAGUCAUUCCGACGUUGGCGCAGCUACCUCGAUGACACCGGUCGUGGCCACACCAUGGGCGUGCUCUACUGGCAGCUCAACGAUAUCUGGCAGGCACCGUCGUGGUCUUCCAUCGAGUAUGGUGGUCGUUGGAAAAUGUUGCACUACUUCGCCAAGAAGUUCUACAGUCCAGUGCUCGUGUCGCCGUUCUCAAAUGGAACGGACCUCUUCGUGUUCGUCCUCAACGAUAAACUUUCUCCGUUGGAAAAUGUUUCGCUCAACAUUAUUUCGCAGAAGUGGACGUCAUUCGUGCCUGCGAACUCUACGGCGUUUAUUCUCACUGUGCCCGGUGCCAGCUCCUUUGAGGCAGUCACCAUAUCGUUGGACAGCCUGUGGAACAGCAGUUCGUGCACGAGUACAGAAUGUUUCUUGUGGCUCACGCUGGAGGACGCUCUGAUGGGAUUCUCGCUCGCGCCGGAGGCCUACGUGCUGCCCGCUCCACUUGCCGACGCUACCUUAAUGCAGGCAACGAUAAAGGUGAGGUCCGUAACGGGACCACUGUUUCCCGACCGCGAGCCGUACACCUAUCAAUUGGACCUUUCCACGGAUAACGUGGCGGUCUUCGUGUGGCUCGACUCGCAGCACCUGAGUGGUCACUUCUCCGACAACGGAUUUCUGCUCAGAGAGCCCACCAAGGCGGUUCUGUUUCAUACCAGCGACAACGUGACUGCCGAGCAGCUUCGAGAGGCCAUAGCCGUCUACACAGUCUCGGAUUGCACGGCUAAGCGAGGGUGCCCGGUCGGCUACAGCAAAAACUUCCCAUCCCCAUCUUCUGAUACAACGCAAGCAGAGAACGACACAACGACGAGCGGACACACGAGCGCUGACUUGAGUAGCGUAGCGUAG